GAGAAGACCUCAAAGCCCCUGUGUCAGAUACCCUCGCAACCAGAGAUGCAAACUCGUCCACUGAAAGGGAAGCCUCCUCAGAUCAUGAUAGAAACAAAGCCGUCAGUGAGCAACAGAUUGCCUGCCAUGACAAAGCUUCCAGUCCUACCUGGGGUCGCCUUUAAAUUUCAUAGAGCCAGCCUGGGUAAAAAGUUGUAUCAGCCUACAUCUGAUUUCAACCUCAGUGACCCAAACUGUCACAUUAUGAGGCCGACGUACAACAGUUUGCAUGACCCAAACCUCAAUGAAUACUACCAUCGGAAGGAAAUGCAUGAGAAGUUAAAGAAGCGAAACUUCAUCACUAAAGAGGACAACGUUGUAUGCUCAUUAAAGGAGUAUAACACAUACAAACAUUACCUGGAUACGGUCAAGACUGACCAUCACAAAACGUACAGCAAAAAGUUGAAGGAACAGAUACUGAGAAUGGUUCAGUUGCAAGAGGAAGGCCAUAUACCUAAGGACGUUACCCUGGAAGAUAUGAUAGAGUACUUACUGAAUAAAGGAGCACAGAACCUGAAGCAUCUGCAGUCAACCAUUGGUUCCAGGGACAGGGGACAGAAAUAUGGCCUGCAAACUGCGUUGUAUGACCAAGAGAGAGAGUUUAAAGAGGAUUGGGUUUCUAAGGAGCGAUCCAGGCUGAAACUCAUUGAAAAGGAUGUGAGGCACGAUUUGAACAAGGCCAAGUAUAUGAAAGAGGCCAAAGAAAAGCUCAUCAGAAAGAAAAUGUGCAUUAUGGAACAAAAACAGGCUAUUCAGUUGAGGAUAAUGGAAGAGGAAUUGAAAAACCUCCAGGAGUUUGAGAGGUUGAGAGAGGCCUCUAUCAAACCAAAUAAGCUGCUGGAAGAAAUAUUUGAAAAACCAGCAUCUGCUCAGCCUGCUCUCAAACCUGCUCACUCCAAAACUGUAAAGAAAACAGUUUCUCUGUCAGGAAAAUCUAAGGAAAAGCCAGCCAUGCUACAGAGGAGACCAAGCCUUGCCCCACGCCAGAGGAGACCAUGCCUGGAUGGUCUGGCACCGCUGAAGGGUUUCCAAGAACCUGUUUUUAGGAUCUUCAAAGCCAUCAAGGGACAAAGCAUCCCAGACAGAGCUCAGCUGAAAUCUGUCAUCCUCGACCACUUAGGCUCCAAGCUUGUCAGGAAGCAGCUGGCGGAGUCAAUCAGGGAUGAGGUCAAACUGACGAUUCCAGGGUCUACACCAGCGGCACAAAGGGCUCUGAGUGCCAGAAUCGCUUACGAUGUGUUGAAGUGCGUCUCUCGAGCGGCCAAUCCUAGCAAUGAACCUGCCUGCAGACUCCGUGGGGGCAACACAAUCAAACCCAAUGCUCAAGCAGAUGAUCCAGAACCAGAGGAGCGGAUGGCCAACGGAGAAGACAUAAACACCUAUGUGACAACGUUGAUCACUGACGUUCUGGAGGAAGUCCAGGAGCAGGUUAUCGUAAUGAUCCGAGAAGACUCCCCUACCCAAUUCAGAGUUGUCUCUGCAAAGGCCAGCCAAACAGCCAUUGAUGUGGUAAGCAAUGUUUUGGAAGAAAUUAGACACUUAUUAAAUGAGGAAAACAUUGAAGAGCUUGCACUAGACUGUGAUGCUGAAGAAGGCACCUCAGAUAUAACAAACAUUCAGCCACCUGCAUUGACUGCAUUAAAAAAGGCAGACCCCGAGAACCGCCGAGAUUCCUGUUCAAAACUAGAAGGUGUCGCCUGUGACCUUAUUAGCACUGCAUAUGACAGCAUCCUAUUCGAGCUGGCUUUUCCUGAGCUUCAGGGUGAAAGAGAUGAAAAAGCUCCUUCCCUGACUCUGGAAAUACUUCCCUCGGAGCCAGUGAUCUCAUCUUUAUCCAACUCUCCCAGUUAUGGAAUGGUGUUUUCAUCUGACACUUCAGAGGUUGCAGAAAACAACAGUAAGACAAGCAGCUCAGAGGCCUCCGCAGCUGCAUCAACCUCGUCCCAGGAGACGGAUACCACAACCACUGUAGAAUGCAAAGAAGAAAGAGUAGAGAAUGGUAACACCAGUGAAACAGACAACGUCCUUUCUGUCCCCUCAGUCAAUACUGAAGAAGUUGUUUCAAAGCCUAAUCUCUUGCACAAGGUGAAGAAAGAAAAUGCAGCCACCAGAAGCGCUUCUCUUCCCAACCUGUAUGGACUUGUUGUGGAUGCAGUUAUGGACCACUUCAGCACAGAACCCUUCAAAGACAAUCUGGCCCAAUCAGUGAAGAAUGAGGUGAGACGCACCCUUUCUAUGCCUGAAUGUGGAUUGUUGAACCUUCAAAUUGAUAAUUACUUUGAGAGGAAAAUGCUAGAGGAUAUGCUGAAGGAAGUAUCCCGACAGUGCGGAGGAACAAGCUCUAGCACCGUGGCUGAAGAGGCUACAGAUGAAGAAGAGAUCUACAGACUAGAAUCUGCUGCAGCACAACUGAUACAGAAAGUUUUCCAGGAGGUCAAGACAAAUUUUCUUGUCAAGAUCAAGAAGGGUUCUCCCAAGAGAUGUCUAUCCCCAGAAGUAAGCCGAACAGCCAUCAAUGCUGUGAGCAGUCUUCUGGGUGACAUGGAGACAACUGUGAUGGCCAGUGUUCCAUGUUCUUGUACUACUUCCAGAGCAGAUAUGGAAGGAAUGCUCUCUGAGGCAACAGGCGAGCACCCAGCGAAAUCAAUGGCCUCUGCAAAAGUUGAGUUGAUCGCUGAUGAUUUAGUGGAAGAUGCCAUCGAUAUGUGCAGUGAAAUGAUUUUAGACGACCAGCCACUAGCCCUACUACAUGACGAUUCUGAAGAAGGUACAUCAAAUGUUGUUGUUCCUGGACCAAUUCAGAGCAGCCUGUCUGGAGUUGAUGAACGCCACACAAAAUCACAGGUCCUUGCAGUAAAGAUUGAAGACCAUGAGGUAAAGCCAAUUUUGAUCCAAGACACAGCGCUCAUAUCUCCAGGUGAGAAGAAUACGGAUGAAAAAAGAGUCAUUAGAGUAAGUUAUGUCUUUAACUCAUCCCCUAGAAGGAAAGCUCACCGGGCCACCAGAAGCACUUCUUUCCCUAACCUCUAUGUCACCCUUGUGGAUGGAGUUCUGGACCAAAUUAGCACAGAACCUUUCAAAGAAACCCUGGCCCAAUCUGUGAGGAAUGAGGUAAGACAUUCUGUCUCUUUGCUUCAAUUUGGAUCGGUGAACCUCAAAAGCGAGGACUGCUCAGAGAAAGAAAUUAUUGAGGAUAUGUUGAAAAGUGUAUCCAGAAAACGCAGUAAAGACCAGGCCUGUCAGCUGACCGGGAAAGCCAGUGAGAUCAUGAAUGCCAACGUAGAUGCCAUUUCACUUACCCCCAAACUACAGUCUACUGCCAAAGACCAAAUCAUCAAAGUUCUGGAGCAGGUCAACACUAAAAUAAUCAAUAUGAUUAGACAAGAUUCUCCCAACAGGACGAUUUCCCCCAAGGCAAGCCAGACUGCCAUCAAUGCUGUCAGCAACAUUUUGGGUGCUAUGGGAACCUCUCUCAAGGCAAGCAACACACCAUUUGUUUCUAAUGUGGCUGGACUCCAGCUUGACCGAGAUGAUGUAGGACAUUGUUGAGGCAAAGCAGAGAGAGUUGGCCGCACAUCUGGCUGUGCUGUCGUCUGACAAUGAGAUGCUCAGCACUUUGGCUCAGAGUGGGACACCCCGCGCCGAUUCAUGAACUGCCUCCAACACCUCUCCUCACAGCGAGAGUGAUAACUGACUUGGACAUACAUGGUAGAAGCAUUUGCUUACAUUAUUUUGAAUCACAUUGAGCUAUUAAAGAAUGCAUUUAUUUUCUAAAAAAGACAAAAGCAUUUAUUUACAAUGUGUAGUUUUUCUUAAUGUAAGUGUUAAGUUAGGAAUAUUAAAUAGAAAAUUAGGAGAGAGUAAUUAUACACUGCUCCAAAAAAGGUUAAUGUCACUGGUUCAUGUCACUGGGCCGGCUCUCAGCUGUGCUUUCCUUUGUAGUCCGUAAUGGUUUGCAAGCCCUGCCACAUCCAACGAGCAUCAGAGCCGGUGUAGUACGAUUCAAUCUUAGUCCUGUAUUGAUGCUUUGCCUGUUGGACGGUUUGUCGGAGGGCAUAGCGGGAUUUCUUAUAAACGUCCGGGUCAGAGUCCCGCUCCUUGAAAAUGGCAGCUCUAACUUUUAGUUCAGUGCAGAUGCUUUCUGUAAUCCAUGGCUUCUGGUUGGGGUAUGUACGUACUGUCACGCCCUGACCGUAGAGAGCUUUUUAUGUCUCUAUUUUGGUUUGGUCAGGGUGUGAUUUGGUUGGGCAUUCUAUGUUCAUUUUCAAUGUUUUGUAUUUCUUUGUGUUUGGCCAGGUGUGGUUCUCAAUCAGAGGCAGCUGUCUAUUGUUGUCUCUGAUUAAGAAUCAUACUUAGGCAGCUUUUUCCCACCUGUGUUUUGUGGGUAGUUGUUUUCUGUUUAGUGUUUUGCACCUGACAGGACUGUUUCGGUUUCUCUUAUUGACUUUGUUGU